AGGGAAGAAAGGAAGCAAAUAAGGAGAAAUGGAAAGAUGGAAGGAUUGAAGGACAGAAGAGUUGAGGGAAGAAAGGAAGCAAAUAAGGAGAAAUGGAAGGAUGGAAGGAUUGAAGGACAGAAGAGUAGAGGGAAGAAAGGAAGCAAAUAAGGAGAAAUGGAAAGAUGGAAGGAUUGAAGGACAGAAGAAUAGAUGGAAGAAAGGAAGCAAAUAAGGAGAAAUGGAAGGAUGGAAGGAUUGAAGGACAGAAGAAUAGAGGGAAGAAAGGAAGCAAAUAAGGAGAAAUGGAAGGAUGGAAGGAUUGAAGGACAGAAGAAUAGAGGGAAGAAAGGAAGCAAAUAAGGAAAAAUGGAAGGAUGGAAGGAUUGAAGGACAGAAGAGUUGAGGGAAGAAAGGAAGCAAAUAAGAAGAAAUGUAAGGAUGGAAGGAUUGAAGGACAGAAGAAUAGAUGGAAGAAAGGAAGCAAAUAAGGAGAAAUGUAAGGAUGGAAGGAUUGAAGGACAGAAGAGUUGAGGGAAGAAAGGAAGCAAAUAAGGAGAAAUGGAAAGAUGGAAGGAUUGAAGGACAGAAGAAUAGAUGGAAGAAAGGAAGCAAAUAAGGAGAAAUGGAAGGAUGAAAGGAUUGAAGGACAGAAGAGUUGAGGGAAGAAAGGAAGCAAAUAAGGAGAAAUGGAAAGAUGGAAGGAUUGAAGGACAGAAGAAUAGAUGGAAGAAAGGAAGCAAAUAAGGAGAAAUGGAAGGAUGGAAGGAUUGAAGGACAGAAGAGUUGAGGGAAGAAAGGAAGCAAAUAAGGAGAAAUGGAAAGAUGGAAGGAUUGAAGGACAGAAGAGUUGAGGGAAGAAAGGAAGCAAAUAAGGAGAAAUGGAAAGAUGGAAGGAUUGAAGGACAGAAGAGUUGAGGGAAGAAAGGAAGCAAAUAAGAAGAAAUGGAAGGAUGGAAGGAUUGAAGAACAGAAGAAUAGAGGGAAGAAAGGAAGCAAAUAGGGAGAAAUGGAAGGAUGGAAGGAUUGAAGGAGAGAAGAAUAGAGGGAAGAAAGGAAGCAAAUAAGAAGGAAUGGAAGGAUGGAAGGAUUGAAGGACAGAAGAGUAGAGGGAAGAAAGGAAGCAUAUAGGGAGAAAUGGAAGGAUGGAAGGAUUGAAGGAGAGAAGAAUAGAGGGAAGAAAGGAAGCAAAUAAGAAGGAAUGGAAGGAUGGAAGGAUUGAAGGACAGAAGAAUAGAGGGAAGAAAGGAAGCAAAUAAGGAGAAAUGGAAGGAUGGAAGGAUUGGAGGACAGAAGAAUAGAGGGAAGAAAGGAAGCAAAUAAGAAGGAAUGGAAGGAUGGAAGGAUUGAAGAACAGAAGAAUAGAGGGAAGAAAGGAAGCAAAUAAGGAGAAAUGGAAGGAUGGAAGGAUUGAAGGACAGAAGAAUAGAGGGAAGAAAGGAAGCAAAUAAGGAGAAAUGGAAGGAUGGAAGGAUUGAAGGACAAAAGAGUAGAGAGAAGAAAGGAAGCAAAUAAGAAGGAAUGGAAGGAUGGAAGGAUUGAAGGACAGAAGAAUAGAGGGAAGAAAGGAAGCAAAUAAGGAGAAAUGGAAGGAUGGAAGGAUUGAAGGACAGAAGAAUAGAGGGAAGAAAGGAAGCAAAUAAGGAGAAAUGGAAGGAUGGAAGGAUUGAAGGACAGAAGAAUAGAGGGAAGAAAGGAAACAAAUAUGGAAGGAUGGAAGGAUUGAAGGACAGGAGAAUGGAGAGAUGGAAGGAAGGAAAGAUGUAA